AUGUCGCACCUCACCACCGUCAAGCCGCGAAAUCCUCCGGCCGUCAUGGACUCGAUUCUCGAGAAUAUCGGAAACACCCCGCUCGUCCACCUCAACCGCAUCCCGCAAUCCAUCGGGGUAGAGUGCAAGAUCUAUGCCAAGUGCGAGUUCUUCAAUGCCGGAGGAAGUGUCAAGGACCGUAUCGCGCUGCGCAUGGUGGAGGCGGCAGAGAAAGAGGGACGGAUCAAGCCUGGACACAGCGUCUUGAUCGAGCCAACGAGUGGUAACACUGGCAUUGGUCUUGCCCUCGUGGGUGCUGUCAAGGGCUACAGGACCAUCAUCACGCUGCCGGAAAAGAUGAGCAGUGAGAAGGUCAGUGUGUUGAAGGCGCUAGGCGCUGAGAUCAUCCGUACGCCCACCAGCGCUGCGUGGGACAGCCCGGAGAGUCAUAUCGGUGUUGCCAGGCGAUUGGAGAAGGAGAUCCCAGGAGGCGUCAUUCUCGAUCAAUACGGCAACCCGAACAACCCUCUCGCGCACGAGUUUGGCACCGCUGCGGAAAUCGUCCAGCAAACAAACGACAUCGAGGGUAACUUCAACGCCGUCAUCGCAGGUGCCGGUACUGGCGGCACUAUCACCGGUAUUGCAAGAGGCAUCAGAAAGGCACACGGCGACAAGGUCAAGAUUGUUGCCGCAGAUCCACAAGGCUCCAUCUUGGCCUGGCCGCCGGCUUUGAACGAAGAGUACGAUGGCAACCCCUACAAGGUCGAAGGAAUUGGCUACGACUUCAUUCCAGACGUGCUCUCGCAGAAGGAAGUAGAUACGUGGUACAAGACCGAUGACCGCGAUUCCUUCUACUGGGCACGACGUCUGAUCCGUGAAGAGGGAUUGCUUGUAGGAGGAAGCUCUGGCUCUGCCAUGAGUGCUUGCGUGAAGUACAUCAAGGACCACAAGCUCGGCCCUAAUGACGCCGUGGUCGUGAUACUCCCAGACAGUAUUCGCAGCUACCUUAGCAAAUUCGUCGACGACGACUGGCUUGCAGCAAAUGAUCUCCUGCCACCUACGAUGCCUCUCACGGCACCGAGCACGCCACCUCCGGAAGCCUCUCAUCCUCCUGAACCGGCCCAGCUUCCCAUCUUGACCAAGAAGAUGACCAACGACGAGUAUGCCGCCGCCAAGAUCCGCGAUCUUCGUCUCAAGCCAAUCCAGACCAUCGCCGAGACGGCCCUGGUUGAUGAAGCAGUCGAGCUCAUGCGCGACAAGGGCUACGAUCAGAUUCCUGUGACAUCCGGAACAGGUCGUCGACUCGUUGGGAUGGUGACGCUCGGAAACUGCUUAUCCUAUCUCUCUUCCGGCAGAGUCAAGAUCACCUCUCCCGUCAAGGACGUCAUGUUCAACUUUGCCAAGAUUGAGGAAGUGAAGCCAAUCGAGAAGAAUAUUGGCGCCACCGAGGGAGAGGACGAGUCGAAGAGGGAGUACGUGGAGAUCACGAUGGACACACCGCUGCGGUAUCUGGAGCGAUUCUUCGUUUGGAAUGCGGCUGCGAUCGUUACGGAGAGGAACAAGGAAGGCGGCCUGGAAGCCAAGGCCGUCGCGACCAAGGUCGAUCUGCUGCUCUGGCUCGUACGACAGGGACGGGCCGGCAACGGGACUCCAAGCGGUCAGUAG